AUGGCCUUCUGCCUCAACUGGGCGACAGAGGCGCUGCAGUGGGCCAAGUACGCGGCCGCGGUGUCGCUCAUCCAGUCAGACGGCGGCUACUUCCUGCCGUGGCUGGCCUACACAGGAAUCUCAACCGCCUAUGCGGCUCUCGCCGGCCUCCUCAUCUCGCGCCUGUCCCCGAUGGCUGCCGGCAGCGGCAUUCCCGCCAUGCGCUCGUGGAUAAACGGCGUCGACGUACCGCGCUGCGUCGCGCCCUCCACCCUGGCCGUCAAGGCCGUCGGCGUCGCCCUGGCCAUUGCGGCCGGCCUGGUGGCGGGCAAGGAGGGGCCAUACAUCCAGUGCGGUGGCAUUAUCAGUUACCUCGUCGGAUGCAGUGCAGACGCCUGCAUACGCAGGUGGGCCGUCCGACGCUUCCGGCACGAGAAAACCAAACCCGGCAAGCCGGCCCCCGUGCGUGGCCCCCGCCGCUGGCUGCGCGGCUGGCUGCGCGCCGCGCUGCGGGCGCUGGCAGUGGUGGAGCCCCGGGAGGCAAGCGACUACGCGUCUGUGGGGACGUCGGGCGGCGUGGCCGUGGCGUUCAACGCGCCUGUGGCGGGCAUGGCCUAUGCGGCGGAGGAGGGCAACACUGUGUAUUCGGUUGCCAUGCUUUGGAAGGCCGUGUUUGCCGCGGGCGCGGCCAUCUGGAUGAUGCAGCUGCUGGGGGUGGCGGCGCAGGGCCAGAGCCUGCUGGUGGACUCCCAGAUCACGCUGCUGAACAACCUUUCCUUCCGGGGCCCCUCUGAAGUCUCCAGCAUCUUCUGGUACCACUCCUGGGAGGUCCCGCUCAUGGCCCUGCUGGGCGGCGCCAUCGGCCUGCUGGGCGCCCUCUGGACUUCCGCUUGCAUCGCAAUCCUCAAGUGGCGGGCGUCCUGGAUCCCCGAGAGCCGGCCUGGCCUGAGGAAUCUGGAGGUGGCCGUGUGCGCGGCGGUCACCGCAACGGUGUGGUUCACGGUCUGCUACGCCUCCCCCUGCAUCCCCAUCCCCCCGUCCGCCGCCGCCGUGACGGCCGCCAACGGCCACCACUUCACCCGUGACUACUUCAACGGCCCCGGCAGCCUCUGGCCGCGGCUCUGGUGCAGGGAGCCAGGCACGUACGCGUCGUGGGCGCAGCUGUUUGCGAUGCCCAUCGAGGGCGCAGUGCGCGCGCUGAUGAGCGUCCAGCCCGCGGCCGCGGUCGCGGGGGACGGCGGCGGCCUGGCAGUGGUGCCCAGUGAGAACUUUGUGUUCACAUACUCGACCCUGGGGCUGUUCGUGGCCUGCGCGUUCACAGGCCUCCUGCUGACCUACGGCAUCGCAGCGCCAACAGGCAUAUUCAUCCCCACCAUGGCGAUCGGCGCAGCUGUCGGGCGGCUCGCGGGUCACGGCGUCCAGGCGGUCCUCCUCGCUGCUGGCCUGCAGCUACAAGUGUCGCUGCCAACCUGGGCGGCGGUUGGAGCGGCGGGGUUGCUGGCGGGCAACACGCGCCUUCUGCUCUCGACUGUGCUCAUCGUAACGGAGACCACCGGCAGCGCCCCAGCCCUGGUGCCCAUCAUUCUGGCCACAGUGGUCAGCAAGCUCGUGGCGGACGCCCUCACCAAGUGA